AUGAACGCAAUCCGAGCAGGCCGAGCAAGGACAGCCUCAUCUCAGCUCGUCACUUAUGGUGUGAAGUCUCACAGAUCUUUACACUAUCACCAACCAUGGUCGGUCUUGGGUAAGCCUCAAGCUCGCCAUGAGAAGUGUCGCCAGUCAAUCAUGGCCCACUGGUCCAGGGCGUUCACAUCCGACAAUGCCCAAAAACCUGUUGCUCCCGCAGAACCCCAGAUCCCGCCGCCACCACCAGCUCCCACAGUCUACGAGCCUCCCAAAAAGGGCCUGCUCGCCCUCUUGCCGUCACCAUGGGUCCCCUACGCGGAGCUCAUAAGGCUCGACAAACCGGCUGGCACCUAUUAUCUCUUCUUCCCGUGUCUUUUUUCGACUCUCAUGGCCGCCCCUCUGGCCGCCCCCAUGGCAUCACCAGGGUCUGUGGUCGGCACAACAGUGCUCUUUUUUGCCGGGGCGCUCAUCAUGCGCGGCGCAGGAUGCACCAUCAACGACCUCUGGGACCGCAACCUCGAUCCGCAUGUCACCCGCACACGGCUGAGGCCCAUCGCCCGCGGCGCCGUCACGCCAUUCCAGGGGUUGGUCUUCACGGGCGCACAGCUCCUCGCGGGGCUGGCCAUCUUGCUGCAGUUCCCACUCGAGUGCUUCUUCUACGCUACUCCGAGCCUGCUCCUGGUGGCAUCAUACCCAUUGGCCAAGCGGGUGACGUAUUACCCUCAGUUCGUGCUGGGACUAACAUUCUCCUGGGGUGCAUUCUUGGGGUUCCCGGCACUCGGCGUCGAUCUCCUCUCGAACACGCCGGCGCUGACUGCUGCUGCCCUUCUCUACUCGUCGAACGUCGCAUGGACUGUUCUGUAUGAUGGAAUCUAUGCGCACAUGGAUGUCAAGGACGAUGCCAAAGCCGGCAUCAAGAGCGUUGCGCUCGCGCAUGACCAAUCGAAACGGUUUCUUGUGGGCCUCGGUGCCGUGCAGAUCGGCCUGCUUGCUGCUUCUGGAGUCGCUGCUGGCGCUGGACCGGCAUUCUUCGUGGGCAGCUGCGGUGGUGCAGCCCUCACGUUGGGGUACAUGAUCAAGAAGGUCAAUCUUCAAGAAGUCAAGGACUGCUGGUGGUGGUUUGUGAAUGGUUGCUGGUUUACUGGUGGGGCUAUCAGUUUUGGACUGGCGGUAGACUAUGCUCUCAGGUACAAAUCUGAGGACGAAGCAGAGGAAAGCCAGAGCAGACCUUAG